CCUUUUACUACCAGUUCUUUUUCUCCUCCUUUUUAUCUCUCUCUUUCUCUGUGGCACACCAGAGGGGCGCUUGACGCGCUAACUCUUCCUACAAAAAUGUGGCCUAUUUUGACAGACGAACAAGCUUGUAGCUCCUUGGCAUCUGUUGUUUGAGUGGUUUUCCGGCCUGCAUUUCUGCACGCAUCGCCUGAAAGACAAACUUCCUUGGUCCCAAUGAUCUUUGCUUGGGGGUUUAGGGUUUAAAUGGGCUGAAAAGUUUGUGGCUGCUCGUCUGUUUCGGGAUUAAAUGCCUGUGCAAGGACAAGAGGAGCAAGAAAAAAAAGACCGAAAGGAAAAAGGAGUGUUUCUUUCUCGGUUGGUGUUGAUUGGGAGUGGAUCAAAGGGCUUCAUUCUACAGUGGCCUACAACAGCGGAGGUAUGAUCGUUGCGGUCCGAGCUUUUGAGGUUUGCUAUGUAGUAUGAAAGAUGUCAUCCUCCCUGAGUGAAUCGCUUUCAAGAAAGACAGCUCUCUUUGGUCUUAAAUUAUGGGUCGUGAUCUGUAUCUCAGUUGGGAUAUUCAUAGCGAUGGCUCUGUCUAUUUUGGCUAUGUGGUUGGCCUCUCAAAAGAAAUCGAAAAGAACACUCGAUAAAUUCCCACUCUCUCAAAUCCCCAGUGUAUCCAAGGAGAUAAAAGUUGACAGAGUGGCUGCUCACAAUCUGAAUACAGCUUUCCGAAAUCAUGAUGGUGUUGCCUUCAAUUUGCAUGAUCAGUCUAGCACAAAAGACUCAGAGAAGAUGUCAGUGCAUUUGGGCAGGAGCAGAUCAAGUGAUGCCGAUAAUCUCAGUCAGUGCAGUUCAGUUUAUCAGCUGGAGAGAGCUGGCAGUUCACAGUCAGGUGAUGAUGGAAGCUCGGGCCAUGUCCAUAACCCAUCUUCAUCACAUGGUUACAGGACAGCUUCUCCAUUGACAGGCUUACCUGAAGUAUCACAUCUUGGCUGGGGCCACUGGUUUACAUUAAGGGAUUUAGAGUUGGCAACUAGUCGCUUCUCAAAGGAUAAUGUACUUGGUGAGGGUGGAUAUGGAGUUGUGUAUAAAGGGCAGUUAGUCAAUGGGACCCCUGUAGCUGUGAAGAAACUCCUCAACAACAUGGGACAAGCAGAGAAAGAAUUUAGAGUAGAGGUGGAGGCUAUUGGCCAUGUGCGUCACAAAAAUCUUGUGCGUCUACUGGGUUACUGUGUGGAAGGAACUCACAGAAUGUUGGUAUAUGAGUAUGUUAACAACGGGAACUUAGAGCAAUGGCUUCAUGGUGCAAUGCGCCAGCGAGGUUCACUGAGUUGGGAGGCACGCAUGAAGGUUAUACUAGGCACUGCUAAAGCACUUGCAUAUUUACAUGAAGCUAUAGAGCCAAAAGUUGUUCAUAGAGACAUAAAGUCCAGCAAUAUCCUGAUUGAUGAAGAUUUCAAUGCGAAAGUUUCUGACUUUGGCCUAGCUAAGCUGCUGGGCUCAGGAAAGAGCCAUGUAACAACGAGAGUGAUGGGAACAUUUGGAUAUGUAGCCCCAGAAUAUGCAAACACAGGACUGUUGAAUGAGAAGAGUGAUAUCUACAGCUUUGGUGUCCUCCUGCUGGAGGCAGUUACUGGAAGAGAUCCUGUAGAUUAUGGCAGGCCUGCCAAUGAGGUGAAUCUCGUGGAGUGGCUGAAGCAGAUGGUAGCAAAUAGGCAUUCCGAGGAAGUUAUAGAUCCAAAUUUGGAAGUUAAGCCAUCUACACGGGCAUUAAAACGUGCCUUACUCAUUGCUUUGCGCUGUGUUGAUCCUGAUUCAGAAAAACGACCCCAGAUGGGUCAAGUUGUCAGAAUGCUUGAAGCAGAGGAAUUCCCAUACCGUCAGGAGAGAAGGAACAGGCACAGUCGUUCUGGGAGCGCAGAGAUUGAGUCUACAAAGGAUAACCCAUAAAAAUGCCAAAGUAGAUCCUGAUUUGUCAUCAAAAGUGUCUAAGGGAAUCACUCAGAUAUCUUUUUCUUUUUCUAACAAAGAGAGCUGCUUUUGCUCUUUUUACAACCUUCAAGAGAUCAAAAGUUCACAUGCAUACUGGAGUGAUGCAGGUGCCAAGGUAAAGGACCCAUUUGGUAACAAUUCAAGACACAAAUGGAGUAAGCCGGGAGCUGCUUUAACUAGAGAAGGGUCCACCAUUGUGAAUAAGAUAGAAGUCUCUCUCUCUCUCUCUCUACUCCCCUCCCUCUGUGGUCUGAUUACCCAAAAUUGUUAGUGUAUAAAAUUGUUAACUACUCAUGGAAGAUGUCCCAAACCACACAUGAUUCCUUUUCUUUUCCCUCUACCAUUACCAUGGACUGUUGCGUUCUUUGCUACUGCGUUUGAUGCUUCAGUGACCGCUGUUGAAUGAUUUUUUGAGCUA